AAUGCGAGGACUCGGGGCGUGAGGGUGGGAGCGGCGCUGGGGGUAGCCCGGACCCAGUAGGUCCGUCAUGGAGGGGUAUUGUAAGGGGCAAGGCACUUCUCUGUACAUACUACUCUUCAUUGAUGUUUAAUCCGUUCACACGCCCUUCAUUCUUGCACCGAAUCAUGUUGAUCUGUGCACUCAGUUUAUUGUCCAAGUAAGUCGGCUCAGCGGGGAGGGUUUCUUUCAUUUAAAAGUAAAAGCAUUAGCAAUGCCAGGGGGGAGAGGAGAUGCUUCCAUUGUUAGGAGGCGCUCAGCCAGCGUGGGACCUGUCAGCGUUGAAAGGAAUAUCCAAAGAGAUGAGGACCAGGGCGAGGAUGGUGAUGAGGAAUUCCGGGAUGAAGGGGUUCCUUUCUACAUAAACCGAGGGGGGCUCCCUGUUGAUGAGGCCACCUGGGAUAGGAUGUGGAAGCACGUUGCGAAGAUCCACCCUGAAGGAGAGAAGAUGGUGCAAAGGAUUCGAGGAAUGCCAUACCUUCCCAAGGUUCCAAUGCCAUGUGUGCCUACAUUUCAGCUGUCUACGCUUGUACCUGACCGUCUGGAAGCCAUACAGAGAUACACCAGGGAAUUGCAGUACAAUCACACUGGAACACAAUUUUUUGAGAUUAAGAAAAAUCGACCUUUAACUGGCCUGAUGGAUCUAGCACGAGAAAUGAUUCGCGAGUCUCUACCAAUCAAAUGCUUGGAAGCUGUGAUUUUAGGGAUUUACCUCACCAACAAUAUGCCUGGAGUAGAGAGGUUUCCCAUUAGCUUCAAAACUGAAUUCUCAGGGAAUUACUUCCGCCACAUAGUGCUUGGAAUCCACUAUGCUGGACGCUUUGGAACACUGGGCAUGAGUCGACGUGAGGACUUGAUGUUCAAACCCCCAGUGUGCAGGACUUUAAUUGAUCUCCUCUCAGAGUUCGAGAGUUCCUACAGAAAAUGCUGGCAUACGCUGAAGAAAGUCAAGAUUGGACAGUAUGUGUCCCAUGACCCCCACAGUGUGGAACAGAUUGAGUGGAAGCAUUCAGUCCUUGACAUAGAAAAGCUAAGUCGUGAGGAACUGCGCAAGGAGCUGGAGAGGCAUACUCGGGACAUGCGACUGAAGGUUAUGAAGGGAACAGCCGCACCAUCAUCCCCCACCCGUGACCGGAAGAAGGAUUCAUCAUCACCCCAUCGCAGUCAGUCAAGCCCGCAUCGCAGGAAUGGCCACAGUGAGAGACGAUCUUCGGGAGAGAAGAAAACAACAGAGCAAAAAAACCUCAAUGAUGUGGGAUACCAGAUCCGUGUGUGAACAUUCCGCAGUGCAGUCCAAGUGUGACCAUUGCGUUGUACAGUUUGCAGAGAUCUUUCUCGAGUCCGUAGAAGGACUAUCUGUGCACUGAACUGAACUCUCAGAAUCAGAAUGAAAGAUGCCGUAGAGUAUUUGGAAGUAGUGGCCAGCAGUAUUAAACCAAUUGUGACUUUUUACAUUUUUUUGUUACAUAUUUUCUCUAAUAUGUUUGAUAAUCUUUCAAUUGGAAUGAGUUAACAGCCCGUUAGAACACUUUAGAUUGUGCUGACAGCUGAAAGGCCAACUUUCACAUUGAAAAGUGAAGCUAGAGAAAGACUCCAUGAAAAUCUCCAGAAGUACAGAAAACAAAACCGUAAGAUAUGAAGACAGAGCUUUGACAUGGGAAAUAGUCUCCCAGAGAGAGCACUCUAUUAACAACAGGACCUGAUGAAAAUAUGGUUAUGUACAAGAUUAAGGGCUCUGGCUCACGGAAUACCAACCACAAGAAUAGGUGUAGAUGCCCCACCUAUUCACAGUCUAUAUCAACAGUUUGCAUGUGGGAUCUGAAGAUAUUACUUCCAAUAUUGGAGAGGACACAAACCUAAAUGGAAAUGUGAGUUGUGAGAAUGAUUCAAGAAGCUUCAUGGGGAUUCAGAGAGGCGAAGUGAUUGUAUUCCAUCUACCAAUUUAUUUUCUUGAUGUAGCAGAACUUUAGGUUACUUACUUUAGCAGGAAACACAGAAAUACAAAAUAUUUUUGAAAUAGUGAGAGGCUGGAAAUAUUGUGUCCCUGAUAAGAGUGCAACAGAGGUUCACUAAAUUAAUUGCUGGAUUCUGAAUGGAUUCCUCUAUGUGGAAAGGUGAGAUAGGCUGUUCCUGUAUCCUCUGGAGUUUAGUAGAAUGGGAGGUAAUUUCAUUCAAAUGUACGAAAUACUUACAGGGCUCAUCAGGGUAAAUGAGGAAAGAUGUUUCCCCUGGUUGCGAGUCUAAAUCCAUGCCAAAGUCAUUUGGGAUUUAUAUGAGCAAGAAUUCCUUCACUGGAAUUGUUGUGAGUCUUUGGAAUUAUCAUCUUUGGAGUACUGUGGAGGCUCAGUUGCUGAGUAUGUUCAAGACCAAAAUGGAUUCAUUUGUACAGAUUAAAAGCUUCAAGGAAUGUAGGGAUACUACACGGAAAUGGUAUUGAAUUGGAAGAUCUAUCGUGAUUUCAUUGAUUUCUUUGAUUGGCCUCCUGCUUUUAUUAAACACUGAUUUAUCAAACAAAACUCCCUCACCCCCAUCCACCCACUAAUUCAGUAACUGUGACAAUGCCUCAGAAAUAUAACAUUUUACACUCUUCACUGUUCCCCACCUCAAAAAAGUAAAAGCCUCAAAUACUGGCAAAGGUUCUAGGUUUCACUUAUAACCUCUCAGCUUGGCAUGGCAGUGGUUGGGCAGAGGUGGUUUCAGUCAGAGCUUGUUGAUUGUCAGUGCUUUGCAAGCUAUUUUCAAAUUCACUAGUUGAACUAUGAGAGACUGGUGAGGCAUUGGAAAAACAAUUGUGGGGGGGGGGAGGAUGAUCAGUUAGUAAAAACAGUAAUGUUUGGAUCGUCACACUAUAGCUACAUUUUGAAGUCUAGAGAACAAGUCGUAGCAGUAUGUUGGUCACCAGUUUUACUGCAUGUUCCUCAUGGGAUGGCACACACAGUGAAUACUGCUGAGACAUUCACCUGAUGUACACAGUCAUUGUCUUUUUAUGUAUAAUGCUUCAGGUGAUUGAUUUACUAAUGCUCUGCCCAUUUGCUUGUCUAACUGGCUCGAUCGUCUAAUGUAUUUGAUUAUGUGACUAUGUCUAAUAUUACUGCUACCCCCUCUCUGGUUCAUUUCUGAUACCUCAUGCAAGAUUAAUUUUCAUACAUUAACUUUGAAAUAUUAGCUUUGUAAGGGUUAAAGGAAGGGUCAGAGAUCAAUUAUAGUUAUUCUUGAUUUAGACUGAGAUGAUCCGUUCUGCAUUCCCACAGAAAUUCAUUAAUUGGAGCCUAAUGAGCAAAACUGCUGCCUGAGCUCCAGCCUGCAGGACAGGGAUCAGGCUUUGGGGAGUAGGGGAGUUAGGUGAGCCAGUCAGCUACAAAGUCUGCCCACUCCUAUGCUGUACAUUUAGAGAAAUUGUGGUCUGCUCAUCUUUCAGAUUUUCUUCUUAUUUAUGCUUCCCUUACGAGAGGACACAUUCUGUGAUAAUGCCCUUUUGGUUCUCCCAUUGCUUCCUGCCUACUCACCAGACAGUGAGGGAACAAGGUUUGUAUUCCUUUCUUGUUCAAUUGUGGAUAUCCAGUCCACGGACUAUGUCCUUAGUGCUGUAAUUAAAGGAUUUACAGUAGCUUUCCAAGCUUUGCUGAGGCACUUGGUUCAAUGCUAAAGAUUAAGUGAAACCUUGUUCAGAAAAAUCACACAGAUAAACUGAACACAACCCUUUUUUUGAAUGAAAGUAGAUUCUGGUGGACAAUGUCUUUCACAUGAAAGGUUAAACCAAAGCCCCACUGGUUGAGCAUAAAACUUCCAGUCGCAGUUUUCAAUGAGGAGGAAAGUGCUAUCCCAGUAUCCAAACUAACAUUCCUCUCCUCACAGCUUAGUAAAACUACAAUGUAACGGUCAUUCAUUAUAUUUGUGGAGCCUUGCUGUUUUAAAUAACUUAAAUGACUGCAUUUUUCUCUCUGUAGUAGUUAGAGGGCCUGAGAUAAAGGAGGAACUUCUCCCUUCCCACAAUAAAGCAUGCUCUGUAGCUUGAUUCUAAAUCCAAGAACGAUGGAUGUUUGCCAACCAAAAAUAGUGAAGUAUAGGGAACCAAACGCAUGGAUGGAAUUACAGAAUGGUUAUAGUUCAGAAGAAGAUCUCCUUGCCCUUGCUGACUGUCUAAAUGUGUUCAGUUACUUCCACUGCCUGACUUUUCCAUAUCGUUCCGAACCAUUCUUCUCUUCAGAAAAUGAUCCCGUUCUCUUUUCAAAGCUACAGUUGAAUCUGCCCACACCACAUCCUCACCAUUAACUGCACAAAAUAAAUGUUUUCCACAUGUCGGAGUUGAAAACAGAUCAGCCAUGAUCUCACUGAAUGGUGGGACAUGCUUGAAAGUCUGAAUGACCAGGUCUUGUUCCUAAUCCUUAACGCCUGACAGAAAGAAGGUGCUGUAUUAAUAACUAAGUGUUGCCGAAAUGAAACUCCCACAACUAUUUUUAGCUCUCCCUCCGAGUUGGUGAGAUUAUCUCAUUAAUUAAAGAUUUCUAGAUUCAGGUAUGUCUGUGGACUGAAUGUCUCCUUGAAAUGCUUGUUGUGACAACUCGGUCUAAGUGAGUGCCGUUUCACAGUUCCAUAAUUCAAAGCCAGUCAUGUCAAAAGAGAACUUGCUGUGGCAUCGCAAGGUUGACACUAAAAGAUUUAUAUAAAAAAAAGGACAAAUGCUGGAAUUACACAACAGGUCUGUCAAAAUCUGCAAGAGAAAGCUGCUUAAUUUUCACUUGAGUCUACAAGUUUUGAAAGCUCGUGUUUGUUACUCGGUGGUACAUUUUUUUCUAUCUAGAUCAAAUUUGAGAAAGUACGAAGUGAAUGACUUUGGCUGUUGCAGCUGUGAGCUUCAACUUGUGUGUCUGUGAAAAUCCUGACAUUCUUUUAAAAGCCAGUGUACACUUUUUUUGAUGAACAAUUUGUAUUUACAUUUCUAUUUUGUAUGAUUUAAGUGUAGCCAAUAAAUAUGUAGAUGAACUCUGAA